AUGUCUCGAACCAUUCAGGACACACUUUCUCCCGGCCUGGGAAAAGAUGGCAAGCAAGUCGAGUAUAUCGAAACGGUAGAUGCAUACAACAAAUGGGCCGAGGUCUACGAUAAAGAUGGCAACUUCUUACAGGCUCUCGACACAAUCGAGAUGCGCAAUCUCCUGCCAUACUUUUUAGCCCGUGUCCAGUCCGAUUUCGCGGCCGAGAAUACGCUCAAGCUUGUCGACCUGGGCUGCGGCACAGGCCGCAACACUCUGCAACUCGCAAGACUCGCACCCGCGGAAGCUCAAAUCACGGGCGUCGAUGCUUCGCCCGGUAUGCUUGCUGUCGCCAAAGCUACUGUCGAAGCUGAAGGAAAGGGGCAGGUAAUGCUAGGCGAGUACGAUCUACUUUCCCCGGAUGCUCCAAUCCCUGCAUCCCUACAAGACGGCGCUUUGGCGUCUGGGAUAAUUUCCACGCUUGUGCUCGAGCAUAUCCCGGUGGAUUUGUUCUUCUCUGGCGCAGCGAGGUUGAUGAGGCCCGGGGGAUACUUUCUCGUCACGAAUAUGCAUGCGGAGAUGGGGGCGAUUAGCCAGGCCGGGUUUGUGGAUGAGAAGACGGGGACGAAGAUUCGGCCAACAAGCUAUGCGCAUACCAUUGGUGAUGUUGUUGCUGCCGCCGAGAGGGUUGGGUUUGAGAUUGUCGGCUUGGAUGAGAAUGGGGAGGUGGGCGUAAGAGAGAGAAAGGUUGAGGAGGGGAUAGUGGAAGCUUUGGGAGUUAGAGGGAGAAAGUGGGUUGGUGUAACUGUAUGGUUUGGGGUUUGUUUUAGGAUGAAGAGUGCUUAG